AUGGAGAAGCAAAGUGAAGAAAUGCAAAAUAGGGAGGAGACAAAGGCGAAGCAAAAAAGGCCCAAUGAUGAAGAGCCAAAGUUAAGUGAGAUAUUAAUGGGAAAUCCAAUAGUUAACAUUUAUCAAAUUAUAUCUAUGCCAGCGAUCCCCAUUCAUCCACCUUUUCCAAAAUGGUCUUUGAGAAAGGGAAAACAUGAUAAGUUCAAAAAGUUUUUUGAUAAAUUUAGUACCCUUUCUAUUAAUAUUCCUCUUAUUGAGGCAUUGCAAGACAUGACGGGGUAUGCUAAAUUUAUGAAGGAUUCAAUAUCUAAAAGGAGACUUAUGAAGGAUGAAACAAUAGAAGUGACACAUCAUUUUAGUGACAUUAUGUCAAGCACAUAUGUGGAAAAGAAGAAGGACCCCGGUGCCUUUACAAUCUCAUGCACCAUUGGAGAAUUCACAUUUGCAAAGGCAUUGUGUUAUCUUGGAGAAAAUUGUGCAAUGGAUAUCGAAAUUCCUAUUAUCCUUGGGAGGCCAUUUCUAGCUACCAGAAAGGCUUUGGUAGAUAUGGAUUUCGGCGAGAUAAAGUUCAGAUUGAAUAAUGAGGAGGUAUCCUUCAAUGUAUGCAAGUCCAUGAAACAACCAAUGGACUUACAAGUUAUCUCAGUGAUUGAUAUUAUUGAUGUGGAAGUAUCAAACCAUGAUGUGAGCAUGUUAAAUGAUCCUUUUGUUGGGGCGCUAUGGAAUUGUGAAAGAGAUAAAGUGGAGGAGUAUGAUGAGGUGGUAGCAUCUUUAACUUGGCUUGGGUUUCACACCAAGAACCCGGUUAAGUUGUAUCUUGAUCUAAAAAAUUAUGAAAGUCUACCCGCAAAACCAUCCAUCCUUGAACUUCCCAAGGUCGAAUUAAAGCCCUUACCACCCUAUCUCAAAUAUAUGUUAGUGGGAGAGGGGGGCACUUUAUCAACCAUCAUUGCUAGUGACCUUGAAUCCUUUCAAGUAAAGGCAUUGAAGUUGGUGGUAAGAAAAUCCAUUUGA